AUGCCUCGCAAAAAUCAUUAUAGGAAAACUCAAAAUAAAUUUAACAUGAUGCUUCGUUCAGAUAAAAAAAAUAUUAAUGAAAUAAAACAUACAGUUAAAAAAUUAAUUAAAGAAUGUAGAGCUUUCUUAUUACGCCAAUUGUAUAACAAGAAAAUCUCCCCAAAUAAUUAUGAAUUGGAAAACACUAAGCUUAAUGAAUUGGAGACUCAAGUUGAAUCACUAAUUUCCAAAGCUACACAAUUAGAAAAUGGUAAAAUUUUGUAUCAAACUGAAAACAAUGAACUUAAAGAAGAAUUACAACGCAUUGCUAACAGAUAUGAAGAUAACAAAACGAAGCUAGAAAGAUAUUAUAAUGUUAUUCAAAAAACUUAUUCUGUAUUACAGGAAACUUGUGCAAUUCAAAAUUUAUAUUAUAACUUUCCUGAUCCAAAUUCAUUACUAGAUAUUAGGCAAUUAGCAGAUCUCUGUAAAGAAAUUAAAGAAAUUUGUGAAGGACGUGAAGAUGUUGUAAGUGGUCCGAAUAUUCCAAUAUACAAUUCGUUUGAAGAUGCUUUAAAUGCUUCUGAGCCAAAAAUAGUUGAAAUAGUUGAAGAAAAUGGAGAAGAUAGAGAACAAACGUUUCCAUCUUUAGCUCGUGCACCCCAUUUUUAUGAGAAUCCCAAAGAUGUAAACGAUCAAGAAUUUGAUAUUUCUAAAUUUUCCUUUUAA